AUGACUAACGAUCUUCGUGAACUUCAGAAGCAGGAAAGGAACAUUCGGAGGACUCUCGAUGGUAUGCAGUAUUUCGUAGAUCAUUAUGAAGAGGAGCAGAGUGAUCAGGUGGAAAUCCGCUUGCAAAGAUUGGAGGAGGUGUUCAAGGAAUUCCACACAGUCCGUCGAAGAAUUGAGUUGUUGACGGAUGACAUUGUUCCUGCAGAAGAAACUGAAAUCAAGAUAUCCAAGGAACAACAUCAAGUUCGCAUAGAUGCUGUGAAGAAGGCGAGAGAGGAAGAAAACGUGCAGAUCGUUAUGAAGAUUGAAAACAGCUACUACAACUUGAAGGCUGCUCUUUCAAGGUUAAUGCCGAAGCCUGAUCUUGUUGGAGUUAGACCUGAUGCCCGACCAGUACCGCAAGCCGUUCCAGCCAAUGGUUCGAGAGUAAAAUUGCCUGAAAUAAGACUGCCGAACUUUAGUGGACAACUCAUGGAGUGGGUCACCUUCCGAGACACUUUCCGUAGCUUGAUACACAAUAACCAACAGUUGACAGCUGUGGAUAAGUUCUCGUACCUACGAUCUUCACUGACGGGCGAAGCUCUACAAGAGAUCAACUCGGUGGAGAUGUCCGAAGUAAAUUACGAGGUAGCUUGGACAACACUGGAACGGAGGUACGAAAACAAAAAGUUAAUCGUCAAGGCCCAUUUGGAUUCCUUGUUUGCGGUAGAAGUUAUGAAGAAGGAGAGUUACGAAUCACUGAGUAAGCUGGUUGGUGAUUUCGAGAAACACUUGUUGAUGCUGCAGAAAAUCGGAGAGGAGACCGCCAAUUGA